AGGACCCGGCCCGGCCAAGGGGCAGCGGGGGCCUCCCUGCGGUGAGCCGCCGCCCUCGCCGCGAUGGGCGACGACGAGGAGGAGACCAUCGCGGCCGCGCCGGUCGAGGAGGAGGAGGUCACGGACCUGAUGACCGCGGUGCGCAAGGUGCUGAAGAACGCGCUCGUGGUGGACGGCGUCAUCCGCGGGCUGCACGAGGCGGGGCUCUAUCGAACAUGGAGCUUUGGCUCCGCGCGUCGUUCCGCCGGCUUCUGGCCUGCCACGCCUCGGAAGGACGCGCUAUCCAGGUUUUGGUCUCCGAGCGUUUACGCCCCGCGCUCUGCCCAGCCUCCCGCCCCGCGUAGCGGAGCGACGCGCUCUCCGUUUGCCGAGCCUGGCACGUCGCGGGGGUGGCCGACGCGACGCGCUAUGCAAACAUUCCUGACCGUGAGCAUGAGUUUUCGGAAAUCGGUGCGGAUUUUUCGGGUCGGCGCGGAGGUCUGAAAGUCCGUGCUUCAAUGCUGCUUUCUGCUCGGGAGGCAGCCCCUGUGACGGUCUCGUGUUUGUUCCCCCCGUUGAGGCUUCUCUGGGAUGGGCUCGUAUCGUUCG